AUGUCGAGAGGAAGUGACUUGUCGGGUUUAAUUCGAGGCCUGCAACAGAUAGCUCAUGCUUUGUGGGAGCACCGUAGUGGAGAGCUGACCAGAAUCUGGAAACAUUCAAGUGUUAGAGACGUACUGCACAGUGCUGAGCUCAAAGUAGAGAGAAAGAUCACUGAUGCAGCAUCAGCAAAAACGGAAGCUGUUCAGGAAACUAUACAGCGGACAGUUAACCAAGGCCUGGAGACUAUCAGCACAAUAAAAAGUCAAGCGUCAACGCUAGCCACUUCUUUGUAUAGAGAUUCUCAUGACUCAGAG